AUGGCCGACGGUGGAGGUUGGAGUACCAUCGAGUCUGACGAGGGCGUCUUCACAUCCUUGAUCGAAAAUCUAGGCGUCAAAGGCGUACAAUUUGAAGAGCUCAUCUCUCUCGAUGCGGACACGAUACGUUCACUGAGCCCCGUAUACGGCGUCAUCUUCCUCUUCAAAUGGAUCGGCGGCCCAAGCCACAACAGCACCUCCCCGGCCGACGGCACAUACGACCAAACCGCCUCCUCGGAACAAGGCCUCUUCUUCGCGGCGCAAACCAUCCAGAACGCAUGCGGAACCCAAGCCAUCUUAUCCGUGAUCCUGAACCAAGACACACCAGCAUCAGGAACAUCAUACCCAAUAGAAAUCGGAUCCGAUUUAUCCGAUUUCAAAAGUUUCACACAAGGAUUUCCAUCGGAUUUGUUAGGUGAAGCGCUCUCGAACUCAGAGCCGAUUCGCACCGCGCACAACGCGUUUGCGCGCGCAAGCCCGUUUGUAGAUGAGACGCAGAGAACGGCGCAGGAUGAGGAAGGGGAUGUCUAUCAUUUCAUUGCAUAUACGCCCGUAAAUGGGAAAUUGUACGAACUAGACGGCCUACAACCCUUCCCCAUUAGCCAUGGCGAAUGCGAUAAUGAGUCGUUUCCUGAGAAGGUUAUCGAGGUUCUGCAGCGUCGGAUUGCGCGGUACCCGGCUGGUGAGGUACGGUUUAACCUCAUGGCUGCGGUCAGGGAUCUGAGGAUCAGAGCGCGGGAGUUUGGGGAUGCGGAGUUAUUGGAGCGCGAGAAUGCGAAAAGGAGGGCGUGGGCUUGGGAGAAUACAUUACGGAGGUCGAAUUUUGUAGGAUUUAUAGGUGAGGUUGCUAAGGGAGUGGUGCAGAAGCAAGUCAAGGAUGGGAAGUAUGAGGAGUGGAUUGAGGGGGCGAAGAAGGAGACAUUACGCAGGGCGGAGGCGAGGAGGAAGGGGUAUUAG